AUGCGCUGCAGGCGGUCCAGAGAACUGGACGUACCAUCUCCCCUGGUUCUGUUGGAGAUCUGCUUCAUCCAAAAGACGGGUCUUGUCAAAAGCCAAACUCGGGUAGAAGUUGUGGGCGUAGUCCGUCCUAGGGCUGCUGUCCCGGACAUUCCACCCCAUGAGCCCUGUUGUCCGCUGCCCCCGGCUUCCCCAACCCUUUCUACUCCUAUGCCCUCGUCUGGUAAGCAUUCUGUUCCUUCAUCUCCACUACCUCCAACUGCAACUUCAUCACCAACAGCUCGGUCGAAGCACAAAUUUAAGUUUCAAUUCUGCCGUCUGUAUAUAUCAUCCCCGAUGGACGUCCAGUUCCUUUGCUGACCAUUUGAUUACUCAUGUUUUCUAGACAUAAAUAUUUCCUUCGAAGUCGAUGCACGCCGCUUCGGUCAAGCCGGGAAGGAUGGGGCACUGUGGCAGUCCGCCAACUUGAUUGUCACUGUUUACUCCAGCCGUCCUCCUCUCCGCCCCACGCUUUCUGUCGAUUCGAUGUUGGAUCCGCGUGAGGCUUGGCACUAGUCUUACGAAAUCUCGAAGAUAAGUUAACGCUCCUCCCUCGCUGACUGGCUACAGACGGACACGACCUAAAGAAAGCAAAGGCGUACACACGCGCUGGAGUCUAAGAACCUCAGCAGGGGACACUGAUGCACACAACACGCCCAAAGAGACAGCCUGUGGCAACUGUUUGCUGGGUCUUCUGUAUGCUACGGAUCUCAAGUUCUUCAUGCCUUUUGCCUCUUUUUUACACUCCUUCCACUGAGUUACAAUCUUCUACAGCCAGAAGUACCACAACUGAUAUUGUUCUAUCUUGAUUGCGAACGGCUAAAUGCCCAGCAUGUUUUUUUCACAAACUCCAUAUCUAUGUCAAUGGAAGACACUUUAAGUGCGAAGGCAACAUUUGCCGCCCUGACACAUUGGAAUGGAAGAUUCAGAGAUGAACAAAUCGCAACUUCGAGGUCAUCCGUUGAAUUUCAUUUGCCAGGGCCCUUCUGUCAAGGAAGUAUGGAUGCUAUUUGCCCUUUGUCCAAGCAUUCUUCGUUUCGAGCCGCAGUGUAACCCACCUCUCAAGAUAACAUUAAACAACCACAUAUCGGAUCAUACGUAUUGACGAGGUAGUCCUUCCUGCACGGGCCUUCAUCAUUAAUUUAUUUGAUCGCGUGUCGUAUUUUAAUGUCAUCUACAAAUAUGACUCCCCUGCAAUCCAGUCCUGUCAUGCAGCCGCUGACAUAGAUUAAGAACAUCAGGGCUCCAAGAACGAAGCUCCAAGAUACCUCACUGGCAACUGGCUCUAAUACCGAUUUCGCACUGCCUAGGCACACCGAGUUUAUUCGGUCGAUCUUGAAGUCCUCUGUUCAUUUCGGUAGGCUUCCCUGCGUCUCAAAUACUCUAGGCAUGUAAUGUAAGCGACGAUGUGGAACACAAGCGAAAACUUUAUUGCAAUCGAUGAAAAAACGCCGGCUUUUGUGUCUUCUAACUCAUGGGAUCGGUUCUGCAUUGAAUAGCAUGCACUGACUUCGUCAAAAACCGUGUUGAACACCUUUGAGCGUGUCGUCCACUUCAAGGAAAUUCAUGGUAUAUUCUCUGCUGAUUGGUUCCACAACUUUGAGACGAAUGCAUAUUAGGUUCACCUGCCUAUAACUAAUGGCCAUCGUUCUUUAACCACAAUUUUCGAAUGGAAUAUAUUUAAGUCACAUCCCAGUCGGCGGUAAGGAUGCAUCGGUUGAAGAACGAUUUAAAAUACGUGAAAUUGGUCUGGAUAAUUUGCAAACAAUCGUCUUGAGUACUUUUGUCGAUAUUUGGUCUUUCCAAGGAGACGUCGGUAUUUGAGGCGCAAGAAGUCCUUUCCUCACUCGUUCUUAUGAGGAGUCAUGGCUUGUUAUGACUGUGUCAUUACGUUCGUUACUUUGCAACCAUUCACUCUUGUUUUAAGAGUUGAAAUACGUCACGUGCAGUGUUGUCUUGCAUUUUGCCUUGAGUCUAAGGUGUUGCGCAAGAUAAGCGUAAUUCUUCGGGGGGGGGGGUGGUGGUACCCAGUUGUGUUUGGCCCUUCAAUUCUUAUCAUUCUAUCAAGUUAACAAAGGCUUUUUACUUCUCUAUGAUCGUGCUCAUAUCUGACAUUAUUAUGCACUUUGUGGUCUCGGAUCUCACCCACUUUGGGAGGUAACGUACACGUCCACAACUCGGUCAUUUCGUUUGUUUUUGUCCAUCUUGCCCGUUCACUUACUGAUCAGUAAUUGGUCUGUCUGCACUUCGAAUUUCAGUUUGCGCACAUUUGCAGUGCAGCAGAACUUUCGAUGUAUUAUCUGCCUCUCAAUUGUCCAAUGUAAGCUGACUCCUGCAAUAGGCUCAAAUUUACUAGCAGGCGUACUGGAAAUAAAAUGUUUAGUGCUAUAGAGAAUUGCUGAGAUAAGUAAGCAACGGGGUUGUAAACAUGGGACCGGUCUUCACAUAUCUGGUUCUUUUUAAUUACAGGCAUCGGAGGAUAGCGCAACCUCUGCCAUUCCGGAAAUUUUGUCUUAUGUCUUCUCCUGCAUUUACACAGUGCCCCUAAAAGACAACACGCGGUAGAUGCGCUGGGCCACCACGGGGACUAGAUUGGGGUUCGGCAGGCGUUACUGGGAAUCCGCACCCAUACUAAAUGUCAACUUUGUCGAACGUGUUUACAGCAACGGAAUCUGCUGCGCGUUUUGUUGGACAGAGCUAAGAAAACAGACAUUUUAUGGACGCGAAUUUCUUUGUAUAGUGUAAGCUUACAAAUAGUUUGGAAAAAUUUUUCAUAAUAAAUAGCAUAGAAGCCUGAAAGCCUUAUUAAAUUAUGCUUCGGGGAAUUCCAUAAGUUGAAAGUACCGUGUCACUGAAGGCUUCACUUGCCCUUGACAUUCAAGCGCAGUGGUAUCGUACUUGUCUUCUGGAUACUUUCUUCCAGGAGAGCGGGCACUUGUGUAAUCAAUGAAUCCACUUCGUAUAUAGUCCAUCAAUGGCUAGGCUGUACCGCUACAGAUCCUCUUUUGAUGGUUUUCGAUGGGUAGAAGUGUCAGUUUGUGAAAAAUAUGGUUAAUAUAGUUUGAAUAUAUGGGUUAAAUACGAGGCCUGUUCAGUGAAGUUAGCAUGGGCCUAAUCUUGACGGCUCAUGGUGUAUGACAAAAUCGAACUUUGCAUGUGGAUCGGUUAGGAUAGGCUAGGGGUGUCUGAUAGAAAUGAAAGAUGUAACAAGGGACUUGUUGAGAACUUUGUAUCGACCAACACCAAACUAAUUGACAGUUUGACCAUCGAUUGCGAUGAUGUCCACCAUGUGCCGCACAGCAGCAGCAGCAGCGGUGGGAGCAGGGACGUUGACUUGCGCAGGGGUUUAUAGUGCCGGUAGACUUGCGCUGCAUCUGCCUACAUUCUCUCCUUCUCCCUCGCCCGAGCCCGGUGUCAAGACAGAGUCAGGAAAACCGGAGACGAGGGCGGCCGCAGGUGGAUGCCUCGGACGGAUCCUCAACUUGGCUUUCCAACACACCCCCUGGUCCACACAACAAAUAACCAGGAUUUUAACCAACACAACCGAGACCGGAGGCUGACACGGCCGAAGCCGCCCCUAGGCGUGCCGUCGACGCCUGGCUCGGAUCCCACACAGUGGGAGUGCCAUAAAGGCCAAAUUAAGAAGGAGCCAUUGCUGCCUGACUCUCAUACCUCCAGUCCAGGAUGAGGUCCAUGUUAUCCCGUCAGUUGGCAACCUUCCAGGCCACGGAUUUUAGCGCACCUUGAUAGCUUCAAGCGCGUCAGAUUGUUUAUAAUGAGGAGAAUGUGUGCUGAGUCGUCAACCUCACUCUCCCUACCUAUUCCCAAACCCCAGUCGCUGUCCGAGACGGUCAGCAGACUGGAGUGGAAAAUGGACGCGGUGGCUGGCAUGGUCGACUGAUGGUGUUAGUGGUGGUGGUGCGGUCUUAUUGACUCUGCCUUGACACCGGGUCCAUAUGGAGGAGGGGGAGAGAGAGUGGAAUAGAUGCUGCACAUGUCGACUACCACUUUAAACCAACUCAUAGGCAAGUCACCGUACCUGCUCCCUGGCCCGACUGUGAGCACACGGUGGACAGCGGCGGUAACAGUGGUCGAACUCUCAUUGCAAUUACCGAUAAGGAGAUCGACCAGCCAAUAAGUCACCAGUUAGUGAGAAAUUUCGAUGUGCUAGUUUCUUAUUAUUUUUAAGCCCGGUUAUAUACCUGACUGUACUUUUCAUGGAAACACACUCGUGGUCUAAACAUACAAAAGACAAGACCUUCAACGAAUAGUUUAAUUUAAAGGAAAUAUUUCCCUUAGACAUACUGCGUUCAUUACGACGAGUAAGCAAAGAUACGAUCGUUAUGAUAUUGCACAUGCAUGACAUGCCUUAGUGAUGACACUGACCGGGCUACUGUCUGAUUGCAGUUUAUUCACGUCACACCCGCUUCACCAAGCUUGCCGCUUUAGUUGACUGUCAGCCACUUCGAUUUUAUUCAUCAAUAACAGUGGAGUCUUUAUCUUCAAAUAAGGUCCCUAUUCUUACUGCUGCCCUUCGGGGUAUCCUGCUAGGCCCCACCCCUCCCCUGUCUUCUUCUAUGGCUGCCAACAAAGUACUUUAUAUCAUUUUAACCGGGGAUUAGAUAUGUACAGUUGACGGCUUAAACCAGGCUGUCAGCCCAUAUCUCGCGCAGGAUAAGUGCUUCUCUGAGACCGCUGUGCUGAUUGGUCGAAAAUGGAUGGUUCAAAGGGGACCCAAAUAUCGAUUACUUCUACAGUGUUGACCGUUCAGCUCCAGGCAGUCACCUGAGAAUUAUUCAUCUCUUGUUGUGCAGCAUUCUAAUUCUACUAAUAAAAACGUAUGAAAGUCAUAAAAAGAGGAAUACCUAUUUUACGCCAACAGAGGGGUGUUCCGUUAUGCUAAGUGAAACAGUUGGUAAGUGUGUGUGAGUGUAAGGCUGGAAUGGUAAUGUUUUGCAAAUCAUCCUGCUGCUGCCGUCUUUUGCUUUUUGUAGGAACUAUAGGGCCAGUUACUUACAAUGUAGCUGUUACAACUGUAAACUUAGUCCCUGUCCUCCAUAGAAAUGUGACAAUCGUAGGGCACUCAAGGUAAGCAUGAUGUCGGCUAACGUGGGAUUGCGCUUUCCAAUAUGUCUACUGUUUUGUAUGUCACAUUCCGCAUAAGGAUGCAAGUCGAACUCUAAUGGCUUAAUGGUCUAACGUUUUCUACCCACAGACGACUGAAAUGGAAAGAGGAAGGAAAAUGUCUUAUUAACACAAGUGGGGAGAAGAACCAGAGUGACGAAGAAAAAUCAAAGAGAGGGGUUGAAACGGAUGAGGCGAGGUUAAGAAGGGAUUAUCGCUAUUACUUCUGCAAAGACGGAGCAUUUGUUCCUAUAAAGAUUGAAACCAGAAGGAAGAAAGUCGACGAUGGAAACCAGAUGGCGCUAGAACCAAAAGCCUACUUGCCUGCCGCACUUGCGAAAUGGGACUUUUCAACGAAUUGGCAUGGUGCGCAUGGACGACGAGCGACUACCCAAACGACUCUUCUACGGAGACGUCGCGACGAGCUCUCGCCGCCAAGGAGGCCGAUUUCGUCGAUACAAGGAUACUCUGAAGUCCUGCCUGAAGCAUCUGCAAAUUAAAUCGACUAACUGGGAAGAGCUCCUCCUCGACCGACCGACCUGGAGGAGGAAAGUGAAGUCAGGCGCUGCGAUCUAUGAGGCCAACUGAAUCGCCGCUGCCAAAGUGAAACGCGAAGCACGCAAAUCACAGCUACGCCCCGUCCGCAACGCCGACGUACAACCGCUUCGAAAGUGUCCUCGGUGUUAACGGACAUUCCGGGCACGAACUGGACUCAUUGGACAUCUUCGGACCAACUGCACAUCCCAUACCGCACCAACCGCCGCCCCUCCACCCGCCUCUGCAUCGUCCUCUCCACCGUUAACCAACUAUGACAAUUCUUCUGAACCAGCACUUCCGUCCUCCCCCUCCUCCUACACCUCUUCCCCCGCCUCUUCCUCCUCCUGCCCCAUUGCACCAACCACGGCCGCGCUGGUGGCCGACACACACACCAGCAUCACACACAUCCAUGACACAACAACAGACACCAUCCCUCCAAUCUCCGACUCCAGGGGUGAGGACCAGGGCUUCACCUGCCCUCACUGCGACCGCACCUUCACAUCACACAUCGACCUGGUCAGUCACUUGCUAAUCCAUCGCACAGAUACUGGCGAACCAGUGCCAGGAGCACCAACCUACACCCACCGCACCCGCCCCCGCUGCCCUCGCACCUUCACGCAUCGCACGGGCCUGUUCGGCCACAUGCGCAUCCACGAGAGCGGAAUUGACCGUCCUCCCGACUAA